CGAGCCGACUACACGAACAACCUGCUCUACUCUCGUGCCACGCAAGAAAGGAACCUGCAACGAUGGCGGCGGCGGCAACAACGAUGGCGGCGUCUCAACACGACGCGAAGCAGGCGGCGGAGGGAGAGGGGACGGCGGCGACCGUGGUGCUCCGGUGCUUCGACGGCGUGAAGGUCGCGGUGCCUGCGGCGCUCGCGCGGGGGCGGUCGGGGCUGGUGGCCGCGGCGGCCGGGGAGCGCGUGGUGGACGUGCCGGGCAACGUGCACGGCCCCGUGGUCGCCAAGGUGGCCGCGUACUGGGAGGGCCGCGCCGCGGCGAAGGAGGAGGAGGGGGCGGCGUUCGACGCCGCGUUCCUGGCGGGGCUGCGGCACGACGCGCUGGUGGACCUCAUCCACGCCGCCCACCACCUCGGCGACGCGGCGCUCUUCGACCUCUUCAGGCCCACUAGAGCCUGAUCGAGCUCCCACCACCACCGGAUCAAGAUCUCGCGGGCCCAAGUUCAUGGCGUUUUUAUCAUGCGGAUUAUAUAGUUGCCCUAGCGUCCCCAUUACCUGUUUUUAUCUGCUACUACAUGCCUAUAUAUGGUAGUAGUAUUUUGUGAAGAGGACAAGUUUUGAUUGAAGUACUUAUUUGCAAUCUAUGUUGCGCUGUGCUUUGGCUGUCCUCUAAAUGUUUCUUGCAAAUGUGGGAGUGCAAAUUUAAUACCAAAAUUUGU